ACAAAAAAUCAAUCUUAAUUACUUUCUAUUGGUUAAGCAAACUUCUACUUUAAUCAGAAGAUGUCUGCGUAAUUGAACUAUAUCAGUGUUUCCUAUAAGCAGGUAGUUGCAAUUGGCCUUCUACACCAAAACAAUUUCCUUGGGAUUCUUAAAACAAGCAUUCUUUGUGUCUGCAGGCCCCUGGUCUUAUCAGCAGCUGAUGCUUUAAUGUUGCAGCUGGUGUUUUGCUGAACAUGCUGUACAGAGAAAGCAUUUUUAACCCUUCACUGCUGUAGGACAGCUUCGCCUGUGGACCUGGGCUGUAUGCCCAGCCCUGACCUCGGCGGAUGCCUGUCACGUGGUGAAUGACGGGCUGUGUAUGUUCGUGUUGCCUUGCCCAGGGACAUGUGCGACGACUCCAUGACCCACUCCGCCAGCUCCGCCUCCAGCCUGGACAGCCACGCCCCCUCGCUGGAGAACAGCCAGUCGCAGAGCGUGCGCUGGGAGGAGCAGCAGAAGGUGCUGGCUCUGGAGCAGCUCUGCGGCGUUUUCCGGGUCGACCUGGGUCACAUGAGGUCACUGCGGCUCUUCUUCAGUGACGAGGCGUGCACCAGCGGGCAGCUGGUCAUCGCCAGCCGGGAGAGCCAGUACAAGAUCCUGCACUUCCACCACGGCGGCCUGGACAAGCUGGCCGAGGUCUUCCAGCAGUGGAAGUGCUGCCGGGAGACGCAGAUGAAGGACCAGGGGGCGGAUGAGAAGACCUGCAUGCAGUUCUCGAUCCGCCGGCCCACGCUGCCCUCGACGGAGACGCACCCCGAGGAGAGGCUGUACCGCCGGCUCGACGUCGCCACCUGGCUGCGGCACCUGAACGAGAGCGGGCAGGUGGAGGAGGAGUACAAGCUGCGCAAGGCGAUUUUCUUCGGCGGCGUUGACCCUGCGAUCCGCGGGGAGGUCUGGCCCUUCCUGCUGCGCUACUACAGCUGCGACUCCACGUCGCAGGAGAGAGAGGCGUGGCGGGUGCAGAAGCGCGCGGAGUACCAGGAGAUACAGCAGAGGAGGCUGUCCAUGAGCCCGGAGGAGCACAGCGAGUUCUGGAGGAAGGUCCAGUUCACGGUGGACAAGGAUGUGGUGCGGACUGACCGGAGCAACAGCUUCUUCAGGGGAGACAACAACCCCAACGUGGAAAUCAUGAGGCGCAUCCUGCUGAACUAUGCCGUGUUCAACCCGGAGAUGGGCUACUGCCAGGGCAUGUCGGACCUGGUGGCGCCCCUGCUGUCAGAGGUGCAGGACGAGAGCGACACCUUCUGGUGCUUUGUGGGCCUGAUGCAGAACACCAUUUUCAUCAGCUCGCCCCGCGACGAGGACAUGGAGAGGCAGCUGAUGUACCUACGGGAGCUCCUGAGGCUCAUGCACCCUGGGUUCCACCAGCACCUGACCCAGUUGGGAGAGGACGGCCUGCAGAUGCUGUUCUGCCAUCGCUGGGUCCUGCUCUGCUUCAAGAGGGAGUUUCCUGACGCAGAGGCCCUGCGCAUGUGGGAGGCCUGCUGGGCACACUACCAGACGGACUACUUCCACCUGUUCAUCUGCGUGGCCAUCAUCGUGCUGUACGGCGACGACGUGACCGAGCAGCAGCUGGCCACCGACCAGAUGCUCCUGCACUUCAGCAACCUGGCCAUGCACAUGAACGGCGAGCUGGUGCUCAGGAAGGCCCGGAGCCUCCUCUACCAGUUCCGUCUCCUUCCCAGAAUCCCCUGCAGCCUGCACGACCUGUGCAAGCUGUGCGGUCCGGGGAUGUGGGACAGUCGCUACAUCCCGGCGGUGGAGUGCUCGGGAGAGCACGCCGAUUCCCAGAGCUGCCCGUACGGGGGCACCCUGGGCGAGCCCUCGCCCCGCCCCCCCUCCUCCAGUGAGGGCAAGAAGGGCUCCAAGACGAGGGACAUCUUCAACUUUCGUUUAGAGCUGCGGUUCUAAUAUAAGUGAAGGAAACUCUUUUAGGAUCUUGUGGGAUCCGAUUGCACUAAAGGGUCCUGGAAAGCACAGAGUAGAACUGAAGACACGCCCGUGCCCAGCACCGAGAUGAUCAUGAAGGAAUCUGACUGUAUUACUGCUUGAAGGCCUAGAAAACACUGUUAUGUAAAAAUACAAAUAUAAAAGUGUUAAAAUUACAAAAACACAAAUGAUUGUUCAUUGCUUUUCUACACUUAAUUCACUAUCCUGUCCUGUAAUAAUGACCAAGUAUUAUGAUUUUUUUCAAUAAAAUGAGAAAAAUCCCA